CCAACGGGCGCUCCUCCAAGCAGAGCCUUGGAGGGCACGGCCGGCACCAUUACCUCCAACGAGUGGAGCUCUCCCAACUCCCCCGAGGGGAGCAACGUCUCUGGGGGCAGCCAGGCCUUGCACAAGCCCAUCGACAAUGACGCGGAGGGCGUGUGGAGCCCCGACAUCGAGCAGAGCUUCCAGGAGGCCCUGGCCAUCUACCCGCCCUGCGGUCGGCGCAAGAUCAUCCUCUCAGACGAAGGCAAGAUGUAUGGUCGGAAUGAGCUGAUCGCCCGCUACAUCAAGCUCCGGACAGGGAAGACCCGCACCAGGAAGCAGGUGUCCAGCCACAUCCAGGUGCUGGCUCGGCGAAAAGCCCGCGAGAUCCAGGCCAAGCUCAAGGAUCAGGCAGCUAAGGACAAGGCCCUGCAGAGCAUGGCUGCCAUGUCGUCCGCCCAGAUCAUCUCUGCCACAGCCUUCCACAGUAAAAUGGCCCUCACCCGGGGCCCAGGCUACCCGGCGGUCUCAGGGUUUUGGCAAGGAGCUUUGCCGGGCCAUGCCGGAACGUCCCACGAUGUGAAACCUUUCUCUCAGCAAACCUACACUGUCCAGCCGUCACUGCCUCUGCCAGGGUUCGAGUCUCCCGCAGGAGCCUCCCCGUCGCCCUCCGCGCCCCCAGCACCCCCGUGGCAGGGCCGCAGCGUGGCCAGCCCCAAGCUCUGGAUGUUGGAGUUCUCUGCCUUCCUGGAGCGGCAGCAAGACCCCGAAACGUACAAUAAGCACCUGUUCGUGCACAUCGGCCAGUCGAGCCCCAGCUACAGCGACCCCUACCUCGAAGCCGUGGACAUCCGCCAGAUUUACGACAAGUUCCCCGAGAGGAAGGGUGGUCUCAAGGAGCUUUUUGAACGGGGACCCUCCAACGCCUUUUUCCUCGUGAAGUUCUGGGCAGACCUCAACACCAACAUCGAGGAUGAGGGCAGCUCCUUCUACGGGGUGUCCAGCCAGUACGAGAGUCCCGAGAACAUGACCAUCACCUGCUCCACCAAGGUCUGCUCCUUUGGCAAGCAGGUGGUGGAGAAGCUGGAGACCGAGUACGCGCGCUACGAGAACGGCCACUACUGCUACCGCAUCCAGCGCUCGCCGCUCUGCGAGUACAUGAUCCACUUCAUCCACAAGCUGAAGCACCUGCCCGAGAAGUGCAUGAUGAACAGCGUGCUGGAGAACUUCACCAUCCUGCAGGUGGUCACCAACAGAGACACGCAGGAGACGCUGCUGUGCGUCGCGUACGUCUUCGAGGUGUCGGCCAGUGAGCACGGGGCUCAGCACCACAUCUACCGGCUGGUGAAGGAAUAAGAGACCGGGGAGCAGGGAGGGGGGCAGGACAUCGUGUGCGCAGGGACGUGGGGUGGGGACCCGCGGGGGCAGCCCCCCCAAAGCGCCAGGAGAGUUGAGGUCAUGACUCUUGUACCCAGGAACAAACUGCCUGAACCCACAGUGCCUGAGCCCAAUAAACCCAAGAUCUGUGCACCUUCAGA